GAGUGAGUAAGUGGGCGAGGGAAGAGAUCAGAAAGAGAACAGAAGAAAAGAAAAAAGAAAGGGGGGUGGAGAAAAAAAGAAGGGGAAAAGAAAAGCGGGAGGACCCAGAGGAACCUGUCAGUAGCCAGUGCUGGGAGUUUGCUGAAGGAGAAGUGCUCAGAGGUAUAGAAGUGGAAGAUGGUGCCGCAGCUCUCUCCUCGACUCAGGAGGGCCAGGGUUAAAUCUUGAGCAGUCCUGUCACUGGGACACAGACGUUCAGGAGGUGGCCAGUGUGACAAUGGCAACACUGAGUGGCAGUGGCGGAGGUGGCCUGGGGUUGGUCCUGGUGGAGUUUGAGUAUGAGUACAAGGGCCGUGAUGGCUGCAUGGUGACCAUCAAGCCCAACGAGCGCUACAUGCUCCUGGCCAAGACCAACGACCACUGGUGGCAUGUGCGACGCAACGAGCGCUCCAAACCCUUCUACAUCCCCGCCAAGUAUGUCAGGGAGCUGCCCAACUCCUUUCCCUCGCCGCUGGACUUUGCCGCCGUCACCUCGCCGCCCAGCCCCGAGCACAAACAACCCCCUCCGCUGGACCUGGCCGAGGAGAAGAGGGGGGGUGAUGAGGUGACUAUCCGCCUGCGCUCGCCCGGUGGCUACCGCAAGACGGAGAACCGCAUGUCCACAUUCGGCGUUCCGCUGGAGAUCCACGAUCCGCCGACGGGGUUCAAGAGAGGAGGACACACAGAAUCCUUCUCCAUGCUCAGCGGCAUGGGAGGGGGAGGAGGUGGUGGCCUUCAGGAGCUCUCCUCUUCGUCAUCCUCCUCUUCCUCGUCUCAGAAGAAAAGACUCAGUUUAAACCCUAACAUUCUGUUUGGUGGAUCGCGAGGGUCCAGCACGGCUCCUGCCCAUGUGAUUCCUUCUGUUCCAUCACUGGAGGAUCUAUCCUAUAAGACCAGGGUGCCCAGCUUCAGCCCUGUUGACCCGGUGCACCGGCCCAUCCAGGGGAAGCCUGUGGACCUCCCUAUCAUCAAAGACAUUGCUAGCGACCCCCCGUUGCGGGAGGAGACACCGGAACCGGCCUCGCCCCUGGAGCCGGACUCAGAGUCUGCCUCAAGCAUGGAACCAGACCGUUCGCCGGACUCGGAGAACAUCUAUGAGUCGAUCUUGGAUCUGAACCUGGAUGGGUCACCUGUGACAGAGACUGCACCGGCACUGAUUCCCGCUCCUGCCGUGCCAGAAUCUUCUUCCACACACAACUGCCACGUCUCGCCUGUGCCGCGACAACCAAAGGCAGAGAAUGAGAACCCCACCACAGCUGUGUACGCCAACGUGACCGACCUGAAGAAGACUACACCGCGCGCCCCACCGGCGGUCUCCUCCUCUUCCUCGUUGCCCGGUGUUCCGCCACACCCCUCGCUGUCCGUGGAGGGAUGGGAGGUGCACACUGAUAAAGACAGCGGCAAAGACUUCUUCUACCAGCCAUUGACGGGGCAGAGCAAGUGGGAGAUCCCCCACAGCCCGCUCCCCGGGCCAGGCAUGGAUUCGCUGGCCUCGCCCCUCUCCGCCGCCUCCUCCACCUCCUCCAGGGGCUCGGACUGGGAGCAGCUACUGGACGAGUCCACCGGCCGUCAUUACUACUACAACUCCACCUCCAAGGAGACGACCUGGGUAGCCCCCAAUGCCCUCUCCCCUGCCUCCCCCGCCUCCCCUGCCUCGCCACCUGGGGAGUACCAGAGUCUGCAAAGACAGCAUAGCGAUGGACCGCCCCCUCUGCCUGAGGAGGAUUACCCCACUGAGGAGCCGGAGGACCCUCUGUCCCCACCGGUCUUUGGGCGGGACGUCCCCUCCAUCAAGCGCAUGGUCAUCCCCAAGCCCAACCUGGAGCCCAGCGUCCCUGUAGGCUGGACCCGCAACCAGCAGCCGGACGGCAAGACCGUCUUCACCAGUGACCGGACCCAGGAGCAGUGGUUACAAUCUAAAGAUAAAAAUGGGAAAACCUACUACUACCUGAGAGAUGGAUCAAAGUCGCAGUGGACCCUUCCAGAGGUUUCACAGGCUCCACAGGCGCCAGCUCCCCCCAGCCAGCCGGCUGUGGGCAACGGAGUGGACCAAGAGGGAACACCGGUUCUGAAGAACUGGAGAAACACCAUUGGCCCGAUAGUAAUCCCACCUGCAGACGACACGAAGUUCUUUCCAUCCCACCGGAGACAUGUUUCUGACUAUGCCAGUGAUGCCUCAGCCAGCUCAGGGAAUUCUCCAGAGAUGCCCCAUCAUGAUGGUAAAGUCAGACUGUGGAGAAACUUGUCCAAUACGAGCAUAAACUCGCAGAUUUAUCAUGGCCACCUGCUGGAAAAAGCUGGAAUUCUCAACAAAACCAAAGUGGUUGACUGCGGAAAGAAACUCAGGAAGAACUGGUCUCAGUCCUGGACGGUUCUCCAUGGUGGUAUCCUGACAUUCCAUAAAGAUCCCAAAUCAGCCCCAUCAGGACCUUCUAGCAAAUCGAACCAGAUCGUCCCUGAGUACACUGUUGAACUAAGGGGGGCUUCUGUCCUUUGGGCGUCUAGAGAUAAAUCCAGCAAGAAGAACGUUCUGGAGCUGAAGACUCGUAAUGGGUCUGAGUACCUCAUUCAGUACGACACUGACAGCAUCAUCACCGAUUGGCACAAGGUCAUUCUGGACGCCAUCAGACAGGAACAAAGUCACGUCUCAGAAGAGGAGGAGGAGGAUUUAGAGAAUGACAAAGACAGAAAGAGAUCUCUUCGCAGCAGCACCAGCACCAGUACCAGCGCCAGCGCCAGCGUCAGCGUCAGCGGGGACUCGGAUCAGGGCCGGGUCAGAACCAAGCUGCGGAAGUUCCUGCAGAGGCGACCCACGCUGCAGGCGGUCAAGGAGAAGGGCUACAUUAAGGAUGCUGUGUUUGGAUGUCACCUGGAUACCCUGUGCCACCGAGAGAACACCACCGUUCCACGGUUCUUGGAAAAGUGCAUAAAGGCAGUGGAGAGGAGAGGUCUUGAUGUUGAUGGAAUCUACAGGGUCAGUGGCAACCUCGCCGUCAUUCAGAGACUACGGCACAAAGCAGACCACGAUGAGAAUCUGGACCUAGAGGAUGGGCAGUGGGAGGAGAUCCACGUCAUCACCGGAGCGCUGAAGCUUUUCCUCCGAGAACUACCCGAGCCCCUCUUCCCUUUCAGCUUCUUUGACAAGUUCAUCGCUGCCAUCAAAAUCAGUGACUACAAUCAGAAGGUCUCCUAUAUGCAGGACCUGGUGCGCUCCCUCCCUCUACCUAACCACAACACCAUGGAGGUCCUCUUCAAACACCUGCGCAGAGUAAUAGAAAGUGGCGAGUCAAACCGAAUGUCAGUCCAAAGCACAGCGAUUGUGUUUGGUCCCACGUUACUGCGGCCCCAGACGGAGUCGGCCAACAUCACCGUGCACAUGGUCUUCCAGAACCAGAUUGUGGAGCUCAUCCUCAAUGAGUUUGAGGAGGUGUUUAAGCCCAGAUGAGGCCCACCAUGACCCCAGACCCCUCUCCCUCUGGCUCCUCCGCUAUACUCUCAUGAGACCCCCAGAAAGCCUCCACACAUACACACACACACAGUCACUUUUCUUUAUCUCUCCCUCCCUCUGUCUGUCUUUCUCACUCACUGUAUUGGUCUCUCUCUCCAUCUCUUUCUUUCUUUUCUUUCUCUCUGUGUCCUUUUCCUUUGUAAGAACAGUGUGCCAUAGAAAGGAGAGAGUGAGGAAAAACUGACUGUCUCUGUCAGUGGUAGUCAGGCAUGACACAGAGUAGGGGGUCAGUGGUAACUGUGAUGAUGGUCCCUGCCAUAUGAACGGAAUAGUGCUUACCUGGGAGAAGAAUGCUGGAACUAUGUGACGCCUCAAUGUGUUGUUGUCUUCAUUUUACGUGCCUCAAAUCCUCCUUCACCCCCUUCAGCCCUUAGUGGACACCUGUGACUGUUGUGUCGGAGACGUGCUUGUUCAUGUACACCCAGAUGGCAACUGACUGGGUUGGAUGGCCUUGGCCUUGAUCGGACCCCAGGGUCAGCUGUUCUCUGGACAUCUCUCUCAUGUUGGUACUGCAGAUGUUUAAAAAAAAAAAAAAAAGCUGUCAAGACCAAGUUCCACCUGCUCCCUGCAGGAAAACUAGUCAUGGAAUGUCAUCAUCCUUCCCUUUCCCUUUUGUGGUAUGAGUGAACUGACAGAGUGCAACCAGAAUGCACUGCUCAGUGUGGGUAUGGCUGCAUGGAUUUAAGUGACAGUGAAUAUGUUUACAUGGACAUUAAUAUUCCGAAAUUUACCCAAUUAACACAAUAUUCUGAAUAAGACACUGCCAUGUAAACAGGAUUUUCUGAUUGCCUUAACCCGAAUAAGGUCAUAGUUGGAAUAAGCAAUAAUCAAAUUAAGACAGGUGGAGUAUUCUGAUCUUAAUCAUUAUUGAGGUGCAUUGUAUGCAUGUAUAGACCUUAAUUGCAUUUAAAUAUCCUAUUAGUGCAGAAACUUUCACAGAAUGAACCGUCUUUGCUAGUAAUAAUUGGAUUAUGCUGUGUUACAUGUAAAUGGGAAUAUGAACCGAAGAUUCUUUCAACUAAUGUAAACACCAUAAUCACAAUAUUGUCUUAUUCUCAAUAAGGGCAAUAGUCGGAUUAUUGCUGUGCAAGUAAACAUAGUCAGUGUAAUACUCAGCCAAAAUACAAUGAUUAUGGGUUUCAUGUCAAAAGGAUAGCACUGCUCACUUUGUCCCUGCAGAUUUUCAGACAACAACCUGUAAAACCUACAUGUACUGCGGAGCCAAACAGAAAACGAUGUUCCACUGCCUGAACAUUUGUUUGUUCGAUUGUUUUAUUGUGUAAGGGAAUGGGAAUUUUAUACUGACAAACUUUCUAAAAGUGGUGGUGAAAUCUACGUAAAUAAAGCAAUAUAAUGUUUAACUGCAAGCUAUGGGCUGUAAGAAAUGGAGACAUCUAAUAUAUGACUGUAGCUGUACAGACUGGCUGUUAUGUCAGUGUUAGUGUUUAUAUGCAAAGCAUUAUAGAAUCAGAACAAACUGGCUCAACAAAGGUUUGGUUUAAAUAUUGUUUGACUAUGUACAUAAAAAAGGAAAUACAUUAUCUGUGAAGGUUCUUUAAAUAAAGAAACAAUUUGUAUAACUUGUGUUUUUUAUUUUCCAUUUGUCAUAUUCUGUAGUAUUGUGAUUAUGGUUGUCAAUCUUCACAGAGAUUCACAUAGUAGGCCAAUAUCAGAUCAGAUCAGAUUUCCUGUUUCUGGGUAGCUCUCCAAAAUGUUCAGAAGUCUGAUAACACAAUCACUUGGUAAACCUUGGUAAAAUUCAUAUCAAAUCAAACUUACAGUCUACAAACAAGAAAGGAGUUGAAAGGAGCCUUAAAAUGCUUACAAAGAUUAUUGCACUAGUUUGGGUGGAGAUAUGAGAAUGCAUGCCACAGCCUAGUAUAAAACUGGUAGCUCUCGGCCAUCUUUAUUGUGUCAGAGUAGCUCUUAGAGGACAGCUUAACAAGUGCAAAGUCUUCUGUUGGAUACAACACCAGCAGAGUACCAAAGCGUCACCUGUUGGUUAAAAAGCGCAAAUACUGCACGGCGUAAAGAAAACGCAAUUACGUCACAGUCUAAUGGCGGUCGGACAACAUGGGUACGGAAGACGUGUCGAGAGAAGAAGCUAAGAAGGCUCGAGCAGAGAUAAACAGACAACAGAUCGAGAAUAGACUUAAACUUGAACAAUGGCAACAAAAGCUGAGGCUUAGAGGCCGCAGACAAAUCAGAGCAGGUUUCGGAGUUUGGGCCAUCGCCGUUGGCAUUUUCGCCUACACCUACUACAGGAAGCCAGAUAUCAUUAAGGGCGAGACUGAGAACCUCAAGAGCAUCAUCAUGGGGGGUCCCUCAUCAGGGCCCAACUCAUAAGAACACCUUUGGCCUACCUACCACAGUUUCAACCACAGACUUUCAUCUCAGGCGUUGAGGUCAUAGGCCUACAGGUGUCAUCAGCUUGCGAGAACAAAACCAUUUUGAGUGUGAUCGUUUGAAAAUGAAUCCUGAAUUAUCAAAAAUGAGAUGGAAUUGCUCCCUUGACAUCAUUUUGUAUAGCCUUCAUGACUCAUGAUGCUGUUAUAGUAUUUUCAACUUAAAGUUAUGAUGUAAAUAUGGUGUGAUGUAAUACAUUAUUGGGUCAUGCAUAUGGCUGACUUUUCUGUAUUCUAUUGAAUGAAAACUCAUAGCAUAAUUUCAGUUCCUUUUAUUGUUAUUCCACAAUACAUGCGUAUAAGGAACAGAAAUGGUCUGCUUGCUUGAGUUGCCAAUUGAAUGUGGCAGAUCAGAUGUUUGGCAACUUCUUUUUGAAUUUGUGUGAAUAAAAGACAUGAGGAUUCCAAAUGUCAAGACAUUGUUAAA